UAGAAAAGAGGAGGGUCACCCAAUAUUUCUUCAUUUGCAUUUGAAAUUAACGGAAAAUCAACGUUACCAAAACCGUGGGGUGCAUCAAAGUGGGUCAAUGUGAAGUUUAAAUCUAUUGAAGCAGUAGAUGACACGUACUUAGGUAGUGUAUACAAGGUCGAUCUCGUCACGUACAGGUAUUUAAAGCACGGGACUACACUGAAGGUCGAAAGAACAGGGAAGCCAUAUUAGAUUUACAGGUGAGACAAACAUAUUGCUAUUAUAAUUCAGGCUCGUACCGAGGGGGGGUGCGGGGGUGCAAAUGCACCCCCCUGUGAAAACCAUUAAGCACUAUUAAAGUCGGCUGUGUAAAUCAUCAAGCACUAUUAAAGUCAAAUAUUUUCUAAAAUCCCUAGCUUUUACUUCCACAGUAAGGAAUAUCACGAAAUAAAUUCAAUACAUAUUGCCUAUGCGUAAAGAAAUAGGUUAACAUCGUAUUCGGUUUCUUUUUUAAACGAAUUGAGUCUUGAUCAGUGGUAUGUUUUGCAGAUAUUCUAGGACAAAUGCAUCGUUUCAAAGAUCGAUUUGACCUAGCUGAGUUUUAGUGUGACUGCAGUUGUAGUACACAGUGAACUACUCAUGUGACCCAGACACCAGAUAUGCUGCACCCCCGGCGCAGUGCCCAGCACGUCCUACUGUGCGACGCCUGUGAAACUGCCCCCCUACAAAGUCACUGUGAACGUUGUAAUAUAAAUCUCUGUACUAACUGUGUAGGAAAACAUCUCUUGGAUUCGUCUAGAAAACACCGAGUCAUACCGUUCAUAGAGAAAAGUUCUACUCCUACAUGUAACUACCCAAAAUGUCCCAGCCACCCUGACAAACAGUGUGAACUUCACUGUGAGAAAUGCGACCUUCCCGUCUGUUCUACCUGCGUCGCCUCAGGUAAACACAAAGGUCACGAUAUAUCGGAUAUUCAGAAAAAACUCAGCGCUAAAACACAAGGUUUACAAAAAGAUUUGGAAGAACUCGAAACCAGAAUUUACCCCCGAUACGAAGAAAUCGUUUCCGAUGUCCAAACUGAGAAAGCCCAGAUAGAAACGACGUACGGGAAACUGACCACAGCUGCCGACCAACAAGGAGAAAUCUUGCACCGGGAGAUCACCGCCAUUGUCAACCAACGGAAAUCCGACAUUGCGGAGAUGAAAACUAAACAUCUGGCUGCCUUAGAUAAAAACACAGAUGAAAUCACACACAGUAUUACUGAACUCAAACAAAUCAUUCUAAAUCUGAAGGCAAUAUUGGAAUCCAAUGACGUCUCCCUAAUCUCUACCUACAAAUCUAGGAAUGCCGAGUUCAGGAGAUUACCACCAAAAGUCCAAGUUACAUUACCAAAUUUGUCACCUCAGAAAAUAAACACAGAACAGCUCCGUGAAAUGUUUGGGUCUCUGUCGCCAUUAUCCAUUAACACAGAAGAACAAGGCUACAUAAUGAAGUCAGCAGAAGCUGUAUCGUCUCCUCCAGUCAAGCCACUGCUUAAUGAACCGCGCGUCACCGCCACCAUAGACACUGGGUAUAGCGGACUAUACAGUGUUAGCUGUGUCAGUGAAGAACAAGUCUGGACACGCGGGAGUAACGAAAUCAUGAAGCUCCUCAACCUCCGGGGUAAACUACUAACAUCAAUACAAACCAAGUCAGGGAACAAACCAGGGGACAUAGCAGUGACACGGGACGGAGAUCUUGUUUAUACUGACCCUGAUAAAAGAACUAUAAACUUAGUUAAGAAUAAAGAGAUACAAACCGUGAUCACACUACAGGGGUGGAGACCUCGUGGUGUCUGCCGUACCGCCUCUGAUGAUCUCCUGGUUACCAUGAUCAGUGAUGAUGACAAACAAUCCAAAGUUGUGCGUUACUCUGGCUCCACAGAAAAACAAACCAUUCAGUUUGAUGAUCAGGGCCGUCCUCUCUAUUCAUCUGCUCGUUUCAUCAGUGAGAACAGGAACCUGGAUAUCUGUGUGGUUGACUGGGAUGUUGAUGCAGUAGUGGUGGUCAAUCAGUCAGGAAAACGCCGAUUUAGAUACACUGGUCAUCCCUCUAAUACCGAGCAAUCAUUUGAUCCAUACGGCAUCACUACAGACAGCCAAAGUCACAUCCUGACAGCAGAAUGUUACAAUCAGUGUAUCCACAUCCUAGAUCAGGACGGACAGUUCCUCCGUUACAUUCACUGUGAUUUACACCGUCCAUUAGAUUUAUGUGUGGACAUCAGAGACAACCUCUUUGUGGCUGAGGAGUUCACUGCUAAAGUGAAGAAAAUCCAAUAUCUAUAAACACAGUGUUAAUUACACAUCUCAACACAGUGUUAAUUACAUCUAUCAACACAGUGAAAAUUACACAUCUAGAAACCAUGUUAAUUACAUCUAUCAACACAGUGAAAAUUACACAUUUCAACACGGUGUUAAUUACAUAUCUGGAAACCAUGUUAAUUACAGAUCUCAACACAGUGUCUAAGCACUGUCUAAACUACAGAUAUAAACACAGUGUUAAUUACAGAUAUAAACACAGUGU